UGCUUUUGCUCCGGGUUUCGUGGUUGCAUGGCGUCCCCAUCCUGUCCCCUCGAUCCCCCAGAAGGGUGCGGAGCCGGGUGGGCAGAGGCGGCGCGCAGAGUGUCCCCAGGCUGGCGGAGAACCGCCCGCCCCAGCGAGGAAGCCUCGGUUUACCUUUCGGCAUCAGUUUCGAAUGUCAAGGAAUGUGAAGCUUCUGAAAGAACGGUUGUAGUUGCUGGUCUUCCAGUUGGUCGUUUUAGUGAUCAGUCACUGGCCACAUCAGUGAAACUUCACUUCCAGGAUAUUAAGAAUGAGGGUGGAGAUGUUGAAGAUGUGAUAUAUCCAACAAGAACCAAGGGAGUAGCAUAUGUAAUAUUCAAGGAAAGAAAAGUUGCAGAGAAUGUCAUCAGAAAAAAGAAACACCAUCUAGGAAAGAAGACUGUACAGGCUCAACUCACAGUCUCUCAUUUUAGUGAAAAGGUCUUCUGCUCUGUAAAUGCUAUCCUUGAUCUUUCUGUCUUUUGGAAACAAGUUAUUCUAGAAAAUCUGAUAAGGGACCUGGAAAAGAAAAUCCCAACUUUAUGCUUCGGUACUUUGGAACCCAAUGGAAGAAUCUCCGUUCAAGGAUCAUUUCUGGCUAUCCAGAGGCUCAGAGAAUCUUUGUGGUUGAAAGCUAGCUCUCUUUUAGAAAAAAACAGGAAUUUUAUUAGUGAAGGAAAAGAGUUGAGUAGGCAGAGACCCAAAAGGAGCCUACAGAGAAGUCAUGCCUCAUUGGAGUCAUUCAGGCCCUUACCACCUGAGAUGACUGGAAGUGGAGAAACACUUGUUCUCGACACAGAUGUGUUCCUUUACUUGAAAGAGAAGUGCAAAUGUUACGAAAGCACAUUGAAAAAAUUUAACAUUUUAAGUCAGGAGAGAGUGGAUGGUGAUAUCACCACAGUUUGUCUGAAAAGUGAUCGAGGUGGGUGUCAGCGAAACACUGUAAAGCAUGUAAAACAGCUCAUUGAGGAAUAUGCACAUUCUCUUCAGUGUGAGCUUAGAAAAGAGACAUUUGUUUUAGAGGGAAAAGAGAAGAGAGAGCAAAGGACCAUUAAACUGGCAUGUGAGCAACUCAAGUUGAGGUACCUUCAAGUGCUGGUAAAGUUUUGUAGGACACACAUUGAUAUUAUAGGAUCUUCUUCUGACACUUACCUAUUUCGAAAACAGGUAAUGAAAUUGUUAGGGUGAAAAGUUAGUUACCAAAAUCUCAGCAAUAGUAAUGUUAAUGGCUGCGUCCUCAAUAGAGCAAUGACUAUGCUGUGCAUAUGUUAGCUUUCCAGGCAUUAUCUCAUUUAAUCCUUACAACUAACUUUCAUUGUAGGAAUAACUAUGUUCACGUUAUAGGUGAGGAAACUAAGAUUUGGAGAUGUUAAAACACUUUUCCAAAGUUAUAUAGCUGGCAAGGGAUGAGGCUGGAGUUAGCCCAGGCUGUCUGAUUAUAAAGAUAAUAUCUGAGAUAUAAAACUUUGGGCGGGGGAAACUUACUAAACUUUGAGGAAAUCAAAUUUUCUCUGCAGCCCAAAUUAUUAGAAAAAGAAGUAGCCUUAAUUCUAACAUAUGAGAAGUUUGAAUACUUACUUUUAUGCUGUUGUAAUUUCUUAGCAUUUACAAAGUUUGUGUUCACUCUAAAUAGGCUUAGAAUGCUGACAAACACCACUCGAGAUGCUUCUUAAAUGGAAAGUAUUUUUGAGGCAGAUUAUCAUAACUUGACUGAAUCCCAUCGUUACAAGACUGCUGGGCACGUGGAGUACUUUUACUGCUGCUUAUUUAACUAAAGGCUUAUAAAAUGUUCAUGCUCCUGUUAUAAAGAAUUUUGAAAGAAAUUGUAGUGUCUUUUUUCCCUUUUUAUUUAGUAGUUAUAGUGCUAAAGUAAUAGCAUUUGAGGAUAAAAUUGUGAAUGAUAAUGUUUGUUAGUUGCCAUCAAGUUGAUUCUGACUUGUGGCAACCAUACGUGUGCAGAGUACACCUGCCCCACGGGGUUUUCAAGGAUGUGACCUUUUGAAAGCGGAUCGCUAGGCACGUCUUCCCAGGAUCCUCUGUGUGGAUUCAGACCGCCAACCUUCUGGCUAGUAGUCAAGGGCUUAACCGUUUGCGCCACCCAGAGACUCCCGUGGAUAACAAUAGCCAACAUUUAAUUUGCCAGACACAAUUCCAAGUGCUGUUCAUACCUUCGUUCGUGCAACCCUGCACUCAUUCCGUCCUCACAACAUCCCUAGGAGGUAGGUGAUGUUUUUAUCCCCAUUUCGCAGAUGAAGAAACUGAAGCACAGAGACAUAACUUGCCCAUGCUCUGAACUACUGUACUGUUCUCCCUUUUAUAAAACUAAUUUCAAUUCUACGUAGACAGUUAAAAUAUUUCCUUAAAGAUGACCCAUAAAAACCUGUUGCUGUUGAGUUGAUUCUGACACAUAGCGACCCUAUAGGACAGAGUAGAACUGCUCCAUAGGGUUUGCAAGGCUGUCAUCUUUACGGAGGCAGACUGCCACAUCUUUCUCCUGUGGAGCGGCUGGUGGGUUUGAACCACUGACCUUUUGGUUAGCAGCUGAAUGCUUAACCAUCGCACCACUGGUGCUCUUUUCAACAGAUGACAGCAGGUUUUAAGAACUUAUUUACUAAAGAGGGUAAGGGAGCUUGUAAACUGUUUUGUUGUUGUCUCUGACUCCCCUGAAUUUACCAAUUUUAAGUAUUUAACCAAUUUUAAGUACGUCAUGGCAGCGACCCUCCUAGUUUAAUAGAUAAUAAUAUGUAUUCAUUUUGAACAUCUCAAAAUAAGCAAUUCUAAUUAUGAUUAUUUGAACGGUUCAUAUCAGUAGGAAAGCAUAAGAAAAUACAUGUUUUCACUUUUUUUGCCAUCUAAAUCCCAAAGUGUAAAUAAUUUCCGGUUCUGUAAAUAUAGUUUCAUUUCUGUGUGAGUAAAAGAGACGUAUCAUGGGAAACUGCUGCCUUUAUAAAGUGCCUGAUAGUUUCUUCAAGUUAAAAAAGUGUUUUGUCUUUAUUUCUUUCCUAGGAGUUUGUAUCAGUGUGGGUCCAAUCAGGAGAGAGAUGCCGCAUAGUAAUUUGGACAGGGAACAUUUAAAGAAUUAUUAACUACAGUAUAAUGGUAUUGGAGUGACCAGAGAUUGGCUAGUAAGAAAUAGAGAAAACUCUAAAGAAUAUAGGAAUAGUCGUGGAUCUUAUAAAUCCCCCCAAAUGAUUCACUGGGUCACAAUCUUGUAAGGGAUUGGUCAGUUUACUAUGCAAAUUGAGUGACUUGCAGUCCAUCUAGGGGAUUGGUCAGUUUGUGGUCCGGGUGGAAGGACCAUGCCCUGAAAUUGACAAGGGGUUUGAAUAUAUAAGGGCGAAUUCCACAGGGGUUGGAAUUGGGGAGGGCCUCUCUACCAUCAUAAAGAGCCUGGAGCAGAGCACGUCCUUUGGACCAAGGACUCCGGGCCCCUGCUCUGAGAACCUCCUAGAUCUAGAAGGAAGAGCUGUAACACUGAAGAAGGCGCCACACGGCAAGAGACAGUGCUGGUGGGUUUGCUGGUCCAUGGAGCAAGGCAGCUUUGGUGUGCUUGCUGGCCCACGGGGUGAUGGCUGAGCACCUUUAGGCAAGAAGCUUGCCAGCCAAGCCAAAAGAGUCCUAACACCUGCCUGUGCAGGGCAGAGACCUGAGUGUGCCCUGUGUGGAAGUUGCCUCAGAGGAUCCUGUGUAGGGGUUUUCCUAUAGCAGGAUGGAACUGGAUGCUCUGGACAAGAGGCUUGCCAGCUGAGUUAAAAGAGCUAUAGCACCUGUUUGAGAAACACCACAAUUUCUUUCCUUCAUUCUAUAAAUUGCCAAGUGUUUUGGAUUCUGUCUCCAUACCAUCUCUUGUAUUUGUUGUUUUCCAUUCUUUUUGUCACUUCUCUAAUUAGCUUGUACCUGGGUCAGUAUUGACCCGAUGGCAACCGGUUUGGUUGAUGUUUUUUUGGGGGGGUUAUUACAAUGUUCUAACUGGCCUUCCUGGAUUUUCUUUACCAUGCCCAUGCCCUCAAUUCAUCCUAUAUACUAAAAACCAGAUUAACCCACAACCAUUAGUGUUUCUAAAAUGCUUAGUGGUAUUUGUUAUUGGGCGGGGCAAGAGAGACCUGAGUGUGCUUUGUGCAGGGGUUGCACGCCUCCCUCCCUGGGCAGUAGGGGCCGGGUUGUGUGGUGGCAAGAGAGCCCCGCAUGCCCAGGUAGCAUGGCAGGAGCCAGCUGCAGAGGCUUAGAAGGGCCCAGUGGCAGAGGCUCAGGGGAUUUUGUGUAGGAGGUCUUCCUGCUGUUGAGGCAAAGCCCAGCGAGGACCAGCGACAGAGCAGAAGCCUCAGUGUGUGGUAGCAGGAGCCAGACACAUAAGAAUGGACAUAGAUAAUUUGGGGAAGGGUAAGCGGUUCUCCUUUUGAGAAUCUGUUGUUAUUGUUUACUGUUUGCUUUCUAUAAGUAAUAAUGGCUUUCACUUUGCCAACACUGUGUAGUGUCUGCUGUGUCCAGCUGGAUUACAGAUGGACAUGGCACCCAUGGAAUGGUUGAUGCCUGUGGGUGUACAUGCCUUAUACCUAGCAGUCUUAUGGCUGCUUGGAAAUUUAAGGCACAGCCUGUCUGCAAGUGCAGUACAGAUAGACAGAGCAUACAUUCCUGAUGAAGAUGAAUGUUUAUGGUUAACUGUCUAAAGUUUGUUAAAAAAUACCAACCAAACAACUUCCCUCUCCCCUGGAAGCUCCCUCCCAGACGAGAAAACCCACAAUUUUUUCUUUCAUUCUAUAAAUUGCCAAGUGUUUUGGAUUCUGUCUCCAUAACAUCUCUUGUAUUUGUUUCUUCUUUUCCAUUCUUUUUGCCAGUUCUCUAAUUAGCUUGGACCUGGAUUAUAAUAUUUUAACUGGCCUCCCUGGCUCUGCUCUACCCAUCCCCAUGCCCUCAAUUUGUCCUAUAGGCCACUACCAGAUUAGUGUUUCUAAAAUGCUUAGUGGGAUUUGUUAUUGUCAUUGUUAGCUGCUGUCAAGUAGGCCCCUGACUCAUGGCGACCCCACCCACGAUGGAAUGAAAUGCUGGCUGAUCCUGCUCCAUCCCCAUAAUUGUUUGCAGGUUGAACUGUUGUGAUUCAUAAGAUUUUCACUGGCUGGUUUUUGGAGGUAGAUCUCCAGGCCUUCCUUCCUAGUUUGUCUUAAUCUGGAAGCUCCGCUGAAACCUGUUAAGCAUCAUGGCAACAUGCAAGUCUCCAGUGAUACAUGGAGGAUGGCAGCAUAUGAGGUGCAUUGGCCUGUAACCAAACCUAGGUCUCCCUCCUAGAAGACUCGAAUCCUACCACUAAACCACUAAUGAUAUCUUAAGGGUAUUUACUAGGUUUAAACUGGUUGGCUGGUAGUAAUUGCCCUACCCUGAAAUUUCAUUGCAACAUUUAGUAGGUUUCUUUUCUUCUCCAUUCACAGCAUUUGUUUUCUGUAGGAUGCAGCCUAACCAUACACAUAAAAGAUCUAUGACUUCAUUACACAUUAACAUAAUUUUUUUUAAUGUCUAAUUUUCAGACAUUAAAAUGUGAAUUUCUUUUUUCUUUUAAUGCUUGUAAGCCUCACCUCCACCACUUGUCUGUCAGUUUGUUGUACUGUGGUGGCUUCUGUGUUCCUGUGAUGCUGAAAGCUAUGUCACUGGUAUUUCAAAUAGCAGCAGGGUCACCCACGGUGGACAGGUUUCAGCAGAGCUUCCAGACUAAGACAGAGUAGGAAGAAGGACCUGGUGAUCUACUUCUGAAAAAGGUUAACCAGUGAAAACCUCAUGGAUAGCAGUGGAACACUGUCUGGUAUAGUGCUGGAAGAUGAGCCCCUCAGAUUGGAAGGCACUCAAUAUUCUACUGGGGAAGAGCUGCCUCCUCAAAGUAGAGUCAACCUUAAUGAUGUGGAUGUUGUAAAGCUUUUGAGACCUUCAUUUGCUGAUGUGGCUCAGCUCGAAAUGAGAAGAAACAGCUGCAAAUAUCCACUAAAAAAAAAAAAAAUCCACUAGCAGUCAUAAUG